UUGCUCUGCAAUUGUGGGGUUGUUUUUUUUGCAUCGGGGGGGGGGUCGCUGCUUUUUCGGGGUUGGGGCGGGGGAAAGGGGGCCGCCUGCUUGCUCUUUCCAAAGGAGGGGGGUCGCCCGUCCGUGCUCCUUGGCUCGCCCCGCCAAAGGGCCCCGAUUCUCCGCUUUGGCCACUCGCCUUCUGCUCUUCCCCCCCCCAAGGCCCGUCCAGCUGGAAUGCAUAGACCUGAGCCCCGCUACUGCCCAGAGGAGUUACCCCCACCCCGAGGCGACUUUUCAUGGGGAGCCGCGCCGGCAGCCCCCCCAGCCGCUGAGCCCGGGCUCGCCUACCCGCCGCCCGCCGCCGGUUCGAGCCCCAGCCCCGCCGGAGCAGCAGCAGCAGGAGGAGGAGGAGGAGGAGGAGGAGGAGGAGAGGCGCCCAGCCGCUCGCCCAGCCCGGAUCCGGACCCGGCCGGCUAUGGCUACUGCUCCGGCUCCGGCCCCGGCCGCUGCGAGGCCAAAGGCGCCGGCGGGGGCGGCGGCGACGACUCCCGCAUCCGACGCCCCAUGAACGCCUUCAUGGUCUGGGCCAAGGACGAGAGGAAGCGGCUGGCCCAGCAGAACCCGGACCUGCACAACGCCGUGCUGAGCAAGAUGCUGGGCCAGUCGUGGAAAGCCCUCGGCGCCAGCGACAAGCGCCCCUUCGUGGAGGAGGCGGAGAGGCUGCGGAUCCAGCACCUUCAAGACCACCCCAACUACAAGUACCGCCCGAGGAGGAAGAAGCAGGCGAAGAAGAUCAAGAGGAUGGAGCCAAACAUCCUUCUGCAUAACCUUUCCCAGUCUUGCGGCGACAGCUUCCGGCUGAACCCCCGCGGCGCCGCGGGAAACAUUGGCCACCUGGGCCAGCCUCCCCCUCUCAACCACUUCCGGGAACUCCGGUCGGUCGGUUCGGAUAUCGAAAACUAUGGCCUGCCGACCCCGGAGAUGUCCCCCUUGGACGUCUUGGAGCAGAGCGAGCCGGCCUUUUUCCCUCCUCACAUGCAAGACGACUGCAGCGUGAUGUCCUUCCGGGGCUACCACCACCCGCCCCCUCCUCCACCCCAGAUGGAGUUUCCCUCCGAAAAGAACCUGGGGCGGAACAUGCCGAUGGGCUACUCGCCGACUCCCCCGCCGCACCUGGCUGACGCCAUGAGGACUCCCCACCCGCCUGGGCUGUACUACAACCAGAUGUGUGCCGGAGCUGCUGGCGGCCUCUCGGCCCAUUUGGGUCAGCUUUCCCCACCUCCUGAGUCUCACCACCUGGACGGCGUCGAGCACUUGAACCCCACCGAGCUUUGGACAGAAGUGGACCGCAACGAGUUUGACCAGUAUUUGAAUAUGAGCAGGACUCGUCCCGAGGCCUCGGGCCUCCCCUACCAUGUCUCCUUGUCCAAAGUGACUCCUCGAAGUCUCUCCUGUGAGGAAAGCAGUUUGAUAUCAGCUUUGUCUGACGCGAGCAGUGCCGUCUACUACAGUGCCUGUAUCACUGGGUAGGGCUUGUCCUUCGGGCUGGGUCUUUGCCAAGGAAAGAGCUCGAGGGCAUCUCUGCAUUGUAUCGCUGCAGCUGGUAUGGCCAAUAUCCUCUUUCCCAAAGGAGUCCUGGAAACAUUGGUUCUCCAGAGUGGGACUAGGCCGCAGUGGUGGCGAACCUUUGGCACUCCAGAUGUUAUGGACUACAAUUCCCAUCAGCCCCUGCCAGCAUGGUCAAUUGGCCAUCCUGGCAG